CAACUACUACAAUUUGUCGUCAAUUUUGGAGUGUGGAAAGCACAGACGUCAUCGUUCUAUAUAUGCGUGUAUGUAUAUACCUCAAUAGUGAGUCAAUAUUAUCGCCUCCCCAUUUCAUUCUUUUAUUCUCUCUCUCUCUCUCUCUCUCUCUCUCUCAAGAAGAUCUGCAUUGUUUUCGCUUACCUAAUCGCCAUUCACGCGUUGUAUUCACCCUCUGCGGCGAAAUCCGAAGGUUUUCCUGCUUGCACGAAAUGGACUUUUUCUUCAGGGCUAUGAAUGAGCAGUCUCAACCUUCUCAUGAGGACAUUAUUAGGUGCCCAUUUCUGAGGAACAUUAAUGAGCAUACCAAUUUCUCCUUCUCCUCAUCGAUUGCCAUCCCAGUGCCUAUUCAAAGAGCUAAAGGUCCAAUUUUUGAGGAUGGUGCCAAUUUUGAAAUGGCAUUCAGUCUUUUCCAUGGGCAAAAUGGUGUCGUCCCUCUCUCUGGAAGAUCAUUUGUGCAUUCUAAGAAGUUGGAGUCUGAACGCGCACCCCCUCAGUUCAACCCUCUAGCAGCAAAGGCAGCUACGAUUAGCCUCUCAGGUUUUGGACCAUUCUUUGGUGGAUUCUCUGGGAAAUGGAGGAGGAAUCAGCAUAGAGAAUCUAAGUCAUCAAAUAAAGGAAAUUCUUCCCAGGGAGGAGACCCGAAGCACGAAUCAAUGAGCGACGACUGGUUACAAAAUGGUGACUGCCCAAUCGCCAGGUCAUACCGUGCAGUGAGCCAUAUCCUUCCAAUUGUGGCAAAGGCUCUUAAGCCACCACCUGGCUUGAAACUCAAGUGCCCCCAAGCGAUCAUUGCAGCCAGGGCAGCUCUUUCGCAAACUGCCUUUGCAAAGACACUCCGACCGCAACCACUUCCUGCCAAGAUCCUAGCAAUUGGAGUAUUGGGUAUGGCGGCAAACGUUCCUCUGGGAGUUUGGCGGGAACACACAGAGAAAUUCUCACCAUCAUGGUUCGCUGCUGUCCACGCGGCGGUUCCCUUCAUUGCAAUGCUUAGAAAAUCUGUUUUGAUGCCGAAGACGGCCAUGGCGUUUACCAUUGCAGCUUCUGUGUUGGGUCAAGUUAUUGGAUCAAGGGCUGAGCGAUAUCGGUUGAAGGCGGUUGCUGAAAGAAAAUUGGCUGUGGCAGAAAAAUCUGUUAUUUGUUCUAAUAAUCAGUUUGAACUUUUUGGGGCUAAAUUGGCUCUGGCAGAAAAUUCAAUUAGUUCUGACAAUCAGUUUCCGGUUCUUGGGGCUAGGGGUGGACAUUGCGGCGAGAUUGUUGAGUGGAACGCGGUUUCUCUGAAGGUUGCGGCACCUGCUUUGUCUACUGAUGUUUGCUGCUAACCAUCUUUUAGAUGUAUUUGAUGUUUGUACCACGUUGAAUUCUGCAAAAACAACUGUUUGGGUUGUGUAUUUCUUUGUUUCUUGUUGUUUCUUUUCUGUUUGUUUCCAUUUCUCCAUUCGGAAGACCUGGUAUUGUGAAUUGAGGAAUAAAGCACGGAGGGAUGAGGCUAUUCUUUCAA